AUGAGGAUGUGCUCCAGCACCUUGGAGAUGGUGCAGACCACACACUUAAAAGAGAGGCUGGAUGAGUAUAUUAAGCAGUGGAAUGGCCUUGUAAAGGUAUUUCGAAAUGAGAGGAGAGAAGGUUUAAUCCAAGCCAGGAGCAUUGGAGCCCAGAAGGCUAAACUUGGACAGGUUUUGGUUUACCUUGAUGCCCAUUGUGAGGUGGGAAUUAAUUGGUAUGCGCCACUUAUAGCUCCUAUAGCUAAGGACAGAACUACAUGUACUGUGCCUCUAAUAGAUUACAUAGAUGGGAAUGAUUAUUCCAUUGAGCCACAACAAGGUGGGGAUGAAGAUGGUUUUGCCAGAGGGGCCUGGGACUGGAGUUUGCUGUGGAAACGGAUUCCGUUAAGCCACAAGGAAAAGUCCAAACGAAAGCAUAGAACUGAGCCUUAUCGGUCUCCUGCCAUGGCUGGUGGAUUGUUUGCCAUUGAACGUGAUUUCUUCUUUGAGCUGGGUCUCUAUGAUCCAGGGCUUCAAAUUUGGGGUGGUGAAAAUUUUGAAAUUUCUUACAAGAUUUGGCAGUGUGGGGGAAAACUCUUGUUUGUUCCCUGUUCUCGUGUUGGACACAUCUAUCGUCUCCAGGGUUGGCAAGGAAAUCCACCCCCUGUCUACGUUGGGUCUUCUCCUACUUUAAAGAACUAUGUCAGAGUUGUGGAAGUGUGGUGGGAUGAGUACAAAGAUUACUUCUAUGCCAGUCGGCCAGAGACGAAGGCGCUGCCCUACGGAGACAUAUCCGAGCUGAAGAAAUUCCGGGAAGAUCACAACUGCAAAAGUUUUAAGUGGUUUAUGGAAGAAAUAGCAUAUGAUAUAACUUCGUAUUAUCCCUUACCACCUAAAAAUGUGGACUGGGGAGAGAUUAGAGGCUUUGAAACUGCUUACUGCAUCGACAGCAUGGGGCACACCAACGGUGGCUUCGUUGAGCUUGGACCAUGCCACAGAAUGGGAGGAAAUCAG